AUGGGAUCCAUGUACGAAGCUCCUCGCAACGCUGGCACUCUAUUUCUCGGCGGAACGAAGAUAAGCGGAUCAGACGUAAGAGAGCAAUGCGUACAAGCAACGCAGGCCAUAUCAAAUGUGGUGCGGUCGUCUUUCGGACCCAGUGGACUGGACAAGAUGAUGGUGGACGACAUUGGUGAUGUGACUGUAACCAACGACGGCGCAACCAUCCUCUCCCUACUCGACAUCUCUCACCCGGCUGGCAAGAUUCUGGUAGACCUGGCACAACAACAAGACAAGGAGGUUGGAGAUGGAACGACGUCAGUAGUCCUCAUCGCUUCGGAGCUGCUUCGCCGCGCAAACGAGUUGAUGAAGAUGCGCAUUCACCCUACAACCAUCAUCACUGGAUACCGCCUGGCCCUGCGUGAGGCUGUUCGUUACAUGAGCGAGAACAUUGCCACCAAGGUCGACACUCUUGGCCGCGAGUCGCUUAUAUCCAUCGCAAAGACCAGCAUGAGCAGCAAGAUCAUCGGAGGUGAUUCAGACUUCUUCGCCAACAUGGUUGUGGAUGCCAUGCAGAGCGUCAAGUCGGUCAACAGCCGCGGCGAUGUCAAGUACCCCGUCAAGGCUGUCAACGUCCUCAAGGCUCACGGAAAGAGUGCUCUGGAGAGUGUUUUGGUCAAGGGAUACGCCCUCAACUGCACCGUGGCCAGUCAAGCCAUGAACACCCGUGUCGUUGACGCAAAGAUUGCCUGUCUCGACAUGAACCUGCAGAAGGAGCGCAUGAAGUUGGGAGUACACAUCACUAUCGACGACCCGGCACAACUCGAGAAGAUUCGUGAACGCGAGGCUGGUAUUGUCCUUGAGCGUGUCGACAUGAUUCUGAAGUCGGGCGCCAACGUCAUCUUCACCACAAAGGGCAUCGACGACAUGUGCUUGAAGUCCUUCAUCGAGAAGGGUGCCAUGGCCGUUCGUCGCUGCAAGAAGGAGGAUCUCCGCCGUAUCGCGAAGGCCACCGGUGCCACUCUGGUCAGCUCUUUGUCCGACUUGAACGGUGACGAGAAGUUCGAUGCCAGCAACCUUGGUCACGCCGAGGAGGUUGUCCAGGAGCGCAUCUCAGACGACGAGUGCAUCCUUGUCAAGGGAACCAAGGUCCACACUUCUGCUUCCAUCAUCCUCCGCGGUGCCAACGAGUACUCGCUCGACGAGAUGGAGCGCUCCGUCCACGAUUCGCUCUCUGCCGUCAAGCGUACCCUUGAAAGUGGCCGUAUUGUCCCCGGUGGUGGUGCCGUCGAGACUGCCCUGCACAUCUACCUCGAAGAGUGGGCUACCUCGGUUGGCUCGCGUGAGCAACUCGCCAUCGGUGCAUUCGCCGCUUCCCUCCUCAUCAUCCCCACCACCCUUGCAGUCAACGCCGCAAAAGACAGCUCUGAGCUCGUCGCUCAACUCCGCAGUCGUCAUGCCCUCUCACAACGCCUCUCCGCCUCCGAGGGCGGCAGCGGUGACGCUCACACAGCGGCCACCGCGCAACCCGCAACCGAGGACGAGAAGUCCCUGGCCAAGAAGAAGAACUACAAGAACUACGGUCUGGACCUCACAAAGGGUCGUGUUGUUGACAGCUUGAAGAUGGGUGUCUUGGAGCCCGCCAUGAGCAAGGUCAAGCAGCUGAAGAGUGCUGUCGAGGCUUGCGUGGCUAUUAUGAGAAUCGACACAAUGAUCAAGCUCGACCCUGAGAACCAGGGUGGUGAUGAUGGUCACGGUCAUUAA